CCUGUUUCACUAUCAGCACACCCGUUAAAAAAUAAGCCACGAAAGACUCGUAAAUAGUAAUAAAGGGCGACGAGCUGUUGAUGCAGCAACAGGAACGGAAAUACCUGGCGUGCGGGCAGGGACUCGGAGGUGGGGGGUCUCCAAAACCUCCACCACUAAACAUCAACGCUGUAGAGGCGCCUCACGCCGUUGUUGCUCCUCCAAAAAUGAACAGAAGGGUCGUCAGGGCGCGCUUCUCGUUCUUUUGUAUCCUGCAAGGUUUGUCGUUCUGCGCCGCCUCAUGGAAUGUGAAGAUUCCGAGGAGCAUGUCGGUGGUCGAGCGCUCCUGUGUGAUCAUCCCGUGUUCGUUUUCGCCUGAAUCCAAAGUGACUUCUAUUCAUUGGUACCAGUUUGCCAAUAUAGGGUACCCCAAAGUGUUCGACAGUAAGGAACCUUGGAGCGUGUUGUCGGAGUUCAAAGAACGCACCAAUUUGGUGGGCAAAGUGGAAGAUGGCAACUGCACUUUGAAGAUUAGCGGUGCUCGAAUGUCGGACAACGGCGUGCGGCUUUACGCUUGGCCCAACCCCGAUCAGUACAGCAGCUAUAAGUUUUAUGACCAAACUGUGCAGCUCCUUGUCUCAGGUCAGGCGCCCGCUCCUCAGAUGUCUAACCCCACUGACCUGGCUGAUGGUCAGCUGGCGACUGUCCAGUGUGAAGCUGUCCAUUCCUGCCCCGAUUCCCCGCCAGCACUCACCUGGAACUGGAAUGACGGGGUCGUGACUGUUGACCACUUUGUUAAUGAUGUGGUCGGCAACUGGAAAUUGAAAUCGGUUUUCUCCUGGACAGCUUCACGCAUCGAUGAUGGAAAGAAACUCUCGUGUACGGUCCGACACGAAGGAGGCAGGAUGGCGGUGAGCUCAGUGACUCUGAAAAUAAACUCUGGACCAAAGGAUGUGAAAGUCACCACAAAAGCCACGUCCAUUAAGGAGGGCAGCACGGUGGAGCUCAAGUGUCAGAGUGACGGGAGUCCAAAGCCCAUUCAGUUCCAGUGGUAUGAAGCUCAGCCGCACUCUGUGGUCGAAUUGAGUGAGACGUCUGAGGUCCUGACUGUCUCGGGUGUCCGGCGGGAUGCCAUCUACAGCUGUAGGGCGCACAACAUGAUGGGCAGCAAGGAAUCCGAGCCCCUGGCACUGCAAGUGGAAUAUAUGCCGGACAUCGGCCUCGAAUCCAUUUGCCAGCUGAAAGUGGAUGAGGUCAACUGCCUUUGUGUGGCGAGCUCAAGACCGCCAGCUUCAAUCAGAUGGGCUGUGAACGGGUCGUCGGACACAAGAGCGUUUAACAUCUCUAAGACCAUAAAGGACCACCUCGUGACUUCAAUCCUGACUGCCAAGGCUGAGACCCCGUUUGUGGUUUCCUGUUACGCUUCAAACAAGCAUGGAGAGCGAGAGCUCCAACUGCCAAUGGCAUCAGGUCACUCAAGCAGCCCUGCCGUUGCCAUCGUGGUGCCCUUCCUCUUGGUGGCGGUGAUCAUUGUGAUCGGAGUCCUGGUGUACAAGAAGUGGCCACUCUGGAGGAGACAUCAAAAUGUCUUCAAUGAGAAGCAUUUGGAGAGUAAAGAGUUCACUAAAGAUGUCAAGCCCAAGGUGAACGGCUUGUAUCUACCGGUGACCACCAAACCAAAACAAGCGACCGCCACAACUGCGCCUGCCUCACGUCUUCAGAGCAAGCCCAUCAACCUCCAAGUCGACAUGCAUCACAGUGACGAUGAUGACGACGACGACGACAACGACACAAUAUAUGCAAACGACUUGUUUGCCACAACAGGCCAGAUACAUGAUGGGGGUGACUUCUACGAAAAUGUGACAGCCAGGCUCAACUUCCAUGCCCUUCACACAGGGAAAGCAUAAAUGUAAUAUCAAGAUGGAAGAUGUCAUUAGAAUAUUUUUUCUUUGCCAAAAAACAGCAUGAAAAAUAAGAAUUCCUAUUUGCUUUCUGAAGCUUUUUGGGUUUGCCUUUGAUACGUUCCAGUGCGGUGGCACAGUGGGUGGCACGGCAGACCUCACAGAGUUUUGAUUUCUUCUUUCCAUGUGGAGUUUGCGUGUUCCCUCUGCGUCUGUGUGUUUUUUUAGCUCCACACAACCUGAAGAUGUGCUUUUAGGUUGACUGCCCUGAAGUGAAUGAGGGCACACGUGUGAGUGAAUGAUGGACUGGCAUGCCACUUAUGGCUGAUUUGCUUCUUGUACCAAGUGCUACGUGGAAAGGCUCUGUCUUCUUAUAGCCCUGCAGGAGAAAACAGCAGUUUCAUAAAAUGGACAACUGGAUGGAAGAACUGGCUGCUGGAUUUCGUCAGGUUGUUGUUCACCAAAACACAAAGGUAAUGCAUAAGCUUUCACGUUCUUGUCCAGGUGGCAGUGCCACGAGAUGGCAAAGGAGAGCAGAUGUGUCUCCAAUGGGUUAAAUAAUGAGACACAGAGUGAGCAGGAGAUCAACACUCUUCAAGCUGUACACUUUAGAGUCGACGAGCUUGACACGCCUGGAUUUGGAGGAAUUUUCUUGUCGGGUUGGAUGGAGACCACAAGUGGACAGCUGUUUUCUGAUCUCUUCAAGAAAGUUGAAAUAGUGGCAGGUCUGGGCUCUGGCAGGGCCACUCAAGGACAUUCCCAGGGUUGUCCCCAAGUCACUGCUGUGUUGCCUUUUCUUUGUCUUCCGCCCAGUCUGAGGUCCACAGCGCUCUGAGCAGGUCUUCAUUAAGGACCUCUCUACACUUUGUUCUGUUUAUCCUUCCUUUUGUCCGCUGGGACCUGAUGAUGCCACCACCACCACGCUUCACCUGUGGAAUGUGCAGAUGAUGAGCAGUGCCAGGUUUCCGCAGACGUGAUGCUUAGCAUUGAGGCCAAAGAGUUUAACGUUUGUUUCUUCAGACCUGAGAAUCUCGUUUCUCACAAUCCCAGAGCCCCUUAGGUGCCCCCAUGUGGGCUUCCAUGUGUCUUCUAUUCAGGAGAGGCCUCCGGCCACACUGUCAUGAAGCCCAGAUGGGUAGUGGGUUGAAGUAAUGGUUGUCUUUCUGGAAGUUUCUCCGGAUAUGGAGCUCAGCCACAGUGACCAUCAGGUUCAGGGGUCACCUGUCUUACCCUGAUUGUUUAGAUUGUUCCAGUGUCUGGCUGUUCCAGACUUCCACCACUUAAGAAUUAUGGAGGCCACUGUGCUCGGGGGACAGAGAUACGAUCCUGCCUCUAAGUUCUGCUGGCAAUUCUUUCAACUUCAUGGCUGUGGACCUUCCUUAGACCCCUCAUCAGGUCCAGUCCAUCGACUUGGUGGACUCCAAACAUCGCCAUGAUGGUGAACAGAAUGAGAUACGCCUGAGCUGAAGCGAAAAGGGCCGGAACACUUGUGACGAUGUGAUGACUUUGCAGUUUUUUA